CACUUUCUUCACUCCUUCCUUUCUCCAUCAAUCAUCCAAAUCAUCAUGUUUGCGAGGAAAAUAUCCCAUAUUCCUUUCGGUUUAGGAAAGCGAUGGAGCAGCAGUCAGCCCAUCGUGGCUGUCUUGUUCCAAGCAAUUGAUCCGCCCGUCAUCAAUGGAGUACGCAAACCGCGGAAACCAGGGGGUUAUCAAGACUCAGGCGCGGAUAUCGCCUACACUUUACAAAAUAAAAGCAUCGAAGUCGUCACCCCCAAAACUGCCCCUUCAGCAUCCAACCAUGAAGGAUGGUGCUUCCCCGACUCCGAAGAGGGCAUUUAUUCCGCCGUAAAGCAAGGCGCCACGCAUCUCUGGGCGAACACCAUCCUAUUCACCUCGCAUCCCCUUCAAACAGCACCAAGCUUGGACAGCUACGCCUCGACGCUUCGCGUAGUCGGCCAACCACCGAGUCUAGUCGAGAACUUUGACGAUAAGAUGUAUCUCAACGACCAGCUCCGCGCUCGGGGAGGUUUCACCCUACCACAGUCUUGGACGGUGAAAGCCGAUAACCUCGAUGUGCUGGAAUCAAUCACCACCUUCCCCGUGGUUGGGAAACCGGUUCGCGGUCGUGGUAGUCACGGCGUUAGAGUCUGUCACAGUCUGCGUGAGCUGAAAGAUCACGUUACAAGCCUACUUGAUGAAUCGCCGCUCGUUAUGAUCGAGGAGUUUCUAGCUGGCGAGGAGGCCACGAUUACCGUCAUGCCUCCUUCGCCUGAACGUCCCGACUAUUGGAGUCUUCCUCCGGUGACGAGGUUCAACCAUGCAGAUGGCAUUGCGCCGUAUAACGGGGCCGUUGCGGUGACGGCUAACUCGCGGGUUAUCACAAACGAUGAAAUGAAAGACCCUGCCUAUGGCGAAGUAAUGCGGCAAUGUGAGGGUGUCGCCAGACUCAUCAUGGCUACUGCUCCUAUCCGGAUCGACGUGCGACGAUUCAGGCCUGAAUCUGAGUUUGCGCUUUUUGAUAUUAAUAUGAAGCCAAAUAUUACCGGUCCUGGUCGAUCUGGUCGGGAGGAUCAGGCUAGUCUUACUGCUAUGGGUGCUGCUGCUAUAGGAUGGGACUAUCCGACGUUGUUGCAGAAGAUAUUGUAUAGUGCGUCGACGUUGGAGGCAUUCCGCAAAUACCAGAGUCCUUUCUAGAUUGUAUAACAUGAAUCCAUUCUAUCUGUUUGGUUUAUUUUGUCCAUAGUAAAGUAGGACGUACCGGAAGAAUGUAUUUGGAGGGCCUGUAUAUACAUUUGCCAUUCGUGUUACCCUUAGAUGCCAUCUAUACAG